AUGAAGCAGGAACUUCAUAAUCCAUAUGAUUCCGCAACAUUUGGAAAUUCACUCCUGUUACGGGUAGAUGGAGCCAUUGGGGCCAUGUCUUUAUCGCCCAAUGGUAGAGAUGCGGUCUUAGCAGGACGAAGAGGUCUCUUCAUAAUUGACCUAGACGAUCCUUUUACGACACCAAGAUGGCUUCAUCAUAUAACCUCUUGGGAAGUUGCAGAUGUUCAGUGGUCGCCUCAUCAUGCUGUAAAGCCAUCUUGGUGUAUAUCCACAUCAAACCAAAAGGCUUUACUUUGGGAUUUGGCGCGGCCGUCAAACAAUGCGAUUGUAAAUGUGCUACACCAGCAUACGAGAGCUAUCACGGAUAUCAAUUUUCAUCCUUCAGAUCCAGAGAUCCUUUCAACAUGUUCUAUUGAUACGUUUGUGUUAGGCUGGGAUAUGAGGACUCCACGGAAACCGGUCAUGAAGUGGGCAGAAUGGAGAGCUGGUGCUACACAAGUCAAAUGGAACCAUGAAAAUCCUUUUGAAAUUGCGUCGAGUCACGAUAAUAACUUUUACAUAUGGGACACUAGGAAAGGUGCGUUACCUGUUUUGAAGAUCAAUGCGGCACAUAAUGGAAAGAUCAACGGGAUUGACUUUAGCAAUGGCUUAUCUAACAUCAUUACGUGCUCUAACGACAAGAAAGUGAAAUUUUGGAAUCUCAAGAGUGAUAUUGUUGAUAAGAUUUCUAAGAGAGUUUCUUUUUUCGAGAAUAUGGAUACGAAUGAAGGUGCUGUUCAGCCUAGUGUUGUCGUCAAUACUGACUUUCCGGUAGCUAGAGCGAGGUCUUUACCUUUUGGUAAGGAUAAAUCGUGUGGAAUCAUGCCAUUGAGAGGUGGUGACAAUGCAAUUCACAUUGUAAAUUAUGAUGCCGCCUAUAAAGCUGCGCUUACCUCUAGAGAGGGCCAAGAGAUAGAGUGUGAUUCGAUAUAUACAUUCAAGGGGCAUAAGGGUGCAAUAAAAGAUUUCCUUUGGAGGACUAGGCAUGAGACUUAUGAAGGCAUUAGUGAUAAGCAAAAAUGGAAAGAAUUUCAGCUUGUUACUUGGUCAUCUCAAGACUUUGACUUGAAAUUAUGGCCCCAUGAUGAUGAUUUGUAUAAGAGUGUUAACUACAAUCCAUCUUAUCAAAGAAUACUAGAUGUAUUUUCAAACGGUGACCUGGGAAAUGAUGAUAAUAGUGAUGUUCAAUCUUUUGAGACAGAAGAGUUAAAGAACGAUAAAAAUACCCUGUAUAAUUACCAAACUUAUUGCGUGGAGCCGCCCGUUACUAUCGAUGAUUUGAAGAAAAAAUGCAAUGGAGAUAUAUUAUCUUCGUUAGUAUUAUAUAGAAUAUAUGAACGUCAAAAACAAAGUGGAAAUACUGCGAGCCAACUUAACCAUCUCGAUUGGAUCUCGGGGGUAAGAAUUGGACAUUCAGGUAACACAUCACGAAAAGAUGGUAUAGAUGAACAGGAUGGACCAUCUAACCUUGGGGAAGAGGUCAGUAUAGUUGGUCAUAAGUUCCCUAAGAUCAGAUUUGAGAAGAUCUCGGUUUCUACUGGCGAACUUGUUAUUAGUUUGAGAGGUCCAGUUAGCGAACAAAAUAUAUUGGAGAAAGUAGCAACUUCAACAACGGACAAUGAUGAAACUGAAGCCAAUACUACCAUUGAAAGAGAGAAUUCUAAAGAUCAAGGGCCACCGAAGACAGAGAAUUCACUAAGCCAAUCGGUCACUUUGGUUAGCCAAGAUGGAAAAAGUCACGACGGGGACAAUUCUUUAUCAUUAUCCAGCAAUAAUCUAAGUGCUGCCAAUGAGGAAAGUACCGCAGAACAGAAAUUAGUUUUCAUUAGAAUGGAGAUCAAGUUUCCCAGAAAUUAUCCUUUUGGAGAAGAUGAGUUACAUGCAAGGCUGAGGAGACUUCUGAAAUUGAAGAAACAGACAGCCGUAAGGUUUCAUAUUGAAGAAACUCACGAAUUGACUGCCUCAAUCAAGAACGAAAUGCUUAAGAAUUUGAACGAAAUUGCUAGCUUUUUCACAGCUAAACAUCACACUUAUUGCUUGGAACCGUGUCUCCGAUACUUGAUGGGAGAAAAAAUAGAAAUGUCUGACCUGAUUUUGUUGGACACGUCUCAAGAUGUUACUAGAAAUGGAGAAGAAGUUGUAGAGAACAUUGAAAAAGUAGGUUGGGCGGAUGAUUUGGUUGGGGAGCAUGAUCCGAUAAGAAUGAAAGAUGAUUCCUCUGGAGAAGAGGAUGUUGAUGUUUUUGCUGACUUAAUCCCAGCGGCAAAUGAUCCAGAAAUAAUAAAUAGCUCCGAGAGCCUCAAUUACACUAAAAAUGAAAGUCAAGAAACUUCAGGUUUAUUACAGCCCUCAGAAUUUGCUGACUUAGAAAACGAGUAUACCCAACAAAGACCUUAUUUCGAUUCCACGCCUCUUCCAAAAGGAUGCGGUGCAUGUUGGUCAGCAACUGGUAAACUAGUUUGCUUUUUCUUUCCCAAAAUUGCAAAUGAAGAAAGCAAAGAGCUUCAAGAAUUAAGCAAUUUAAAUUUUACCGAUGGAGGGUUUAGUUUGAAGCAACAUGGCUCUCGUAGUCACCAUAAACGCCCUCAACGUCUAAAUAGUGGCCAGUCUGGAUCCAUUAUUUCUUCCACCGAUAAAUCGGACUCGGAGAUCAGCGAGGAGGUUAAUGAUUCUGACACAGAGAACGAGUCGGAUGACGCAAGAUCAGAUACAUCGUCAGAUGACAGUUUCGUUGAUGACUUAGAUGAAAUGUUCCAAGAAGAUUUAACUAUUCGGCCACGAGUUCCUGGGUUAUUCAAAGCUUCUUUGGGUCUCGGGAACAGGUAUGCUUCCUAUAACAGAUUGAAUAAAUUCACGAGUCAAGGUGAAACGGGAUCUAAUGCGAUAUCUUCUGGACGAGCGGAAAGCUCUCAUGGACUUAAAAAGAAAAAGAGUAGAGGAACUUCAAAAAAUAAGAACAUUGUCGGUAUUUUUGACUAUAGAUAUCUUAUUCCUGUGAAAUACGAACUAGCUCGUGAGUAUAGGGUGUUAGGAGAUGCUCCCGAGGCAUUAGCGAGGUACAAUAGCGAAGUUGCUUCAAGAUAUGGUUAUAGAGAAAUCAGCGAAGUUUGGAAGUUGUUAGAAAUGGUAUUGACGAAGGACAUUGAUGUUUAUAGUCUCAAUGAAUCAGCGUACAGAGGCAAUAACCAUCAAAAUAUAGCUGAGAAUAAUGAUGUGGAGGCAUUGAAUCAACUUGUACGUAGCUCCAAUAUCGUUCAACAGGCGUUGCAGAAUAAUACCUACAGAAUAUAUUGGGGGACUCACCCUUUUGGGCAUACUUGGUUAAUAAAGGAAAUUUUCAGGUAUUUUGAACUCAAUGGUAACAUACAGAUGCUUGCUAUGCUAUCGUGUAUUUUAUAUGAGAAUUCUCAAAACGUCAAGAAAAAUCCUUCGGACCUAUUUAAGAUACCUAUUCACACCCCUUAUCAAGUGCCUCCACCUCCCCCCUCUGCCGUUGCAAUGCAUCAGUUCAAUGAGAAUAACCAGCACAACGUAAUAUCAAACCAACAUGAACGGUAUGGGCUCUCUCAUCGAGAUUCAAUCACUACGGAUCGAAAGUCUUCAACUUAUAUCAAUAACCCACCACUAUCGAUUACGAAAAGGGAUCCUUUGAAUUCGACACCUCCAUAUGCCAAUUCAAUUACAUCUUCUGUUGAAGUUUCCAGCUUGAAAGAUCUUUCACCCGAACCCAACAGUAUGAUAUCCAAAAGUAGUCAAAGCUUCGUGUUACUGCCCAUGAAUGAAUACCUUGCAAAUAAUGAACUGUUUAAAGAUAACAACGGAUUAAGUGCAAAGCUGAGGUACUCUAUAAGAAGGAGCUCCAAAAAACAACAGCAAGAUUCGAAAAGGACAAAAUCAAACCAGCUAUCUACAAAUCUGUUCUCUAAAAGUAAGGGCAAGGUUGGACAACCACCUAUCAUUACACUUGAUAUGAUGAAUACCGAAGAUUUAGAUUUAUUUGAUGACGUUUACUCAUCAUCAUUACUCGACUCUCAAGAUGAUGAAAAGGUAAGAAGAUACCGCGAAGCAUACUCACAGAUUUUGUUCUUAUGGGGAUUUCCGAUUAACAGAAUAAAAAUAUUGAAAUUCAACUAUCCAGACUCAGAUGGCUGUAAAGAAAGGUCAUUAUUUGACGAGCACAAAAGUUUAUUUGGCUUUAGAAAUAGAGGCAAGGCUCUAAGUAAUCAACAAAUGGUAACAACAUGUACAUCUGUUAUAACUGCUAAAUUUAAUGUGUGGAAUACGAGCAAGCAAAAGUCAUUCAAAUAUUGUAACUUAUGUAAUUUGAUGGUCACUAAAAAUUUUACAGUAUGUACAAAUUGUGAGCAUAUUUUACAUUCUCAUUGUGCCUUUGAGUGGUGGCCAAAUGCAAAUGAAGACGAGACUAGUCAAUACUGUCCUAGUGGUUGUGGCUGCAGAUGUUUAGAUCAUAUGAUCUAA